ACCCGACCGUAGCUGCUACCUUGACGCGGUGGCCGGGCUUGCCUAUCGUGAUGACCCAAGCGAGCUAUACUGGCUGGAACAUAUGUUCCUGUAGGUCCUACCAUGCCAGGCAGGUCGAUUGGAGAACGGUAAGACUAAAAGCAGCAACUCAAGGUCUGAGGGCGAUGUCGUACUGCUGUUUGUGGAGGGGUGUGACAGCAGUAAGAAGUCUUCCUCGGACAAUCAGCAUCUGCAGCGAUGCUGCAGAUGAAGGAAGGGGUUAGAAAAGGCUGACCUUAAAAAUGUCACACCACCUUACCUCACGGAUUUCCGUCUCCGGUGGUAAGGCCCUUUGAAGAACGGAGCUAACACGUUAAAAACUUCCCACAAAAUGGCCGGCAUCAAGCAGUUAUCCCUUGGGCUCUGGGGUCGCGCUCCCAGGUCGUCAAGACCAACACUAAUCCGAUUUCUUUUUCAGGUUCCUCAAGAAAUACCCUUCUACGGUGUGGGCAGCCGGGAAGUGAUGUCGCCCCACAUACCUGUAACAGAACACGAGACCAAUUUGGUCACAUUCAGAACUAGCUCUCUUAGACUGGAUCCCAGUAGACAGUCGUUUGUACGCUGUCCGACUAAAUGGAACAAUAAGGACUCGGGAAGAUAGGGACACUCGUCGUUGCCUCUUCGUCGUCUAUGCCUAUUCUCCCACUGACUGCAGCUCAGAUGAGAUUUGCAGAAAGUUUUCCGACCUUCUCCGAAAAUCUAGGCGUUCCGAUGUAGUAAAAGUGGCUGGUAACUUUAAUGCUAAGGGAAAGACUUCUGGGUGGAUCUUAUAGUGUCGUGGCUCAAAGAACAGAUGAUGGCGACCGUCCAUUGCAGCUAUGUUCAGAUAACCGCCUCUUUCUUGCAAAUACUAACUUUGAGCAUAAGGAAAAACAUCUUUUAACAUGGCGACCCCCUAAUUCGUCCCAACGUUGGACCCAAAUAGAUCACAUCGCUAUCAGCCACCGAUGGAGGGGCUCGAUAGAAAACUGUCGCUCAUUCUGGAGCACAUGCUUAGAUUCACAUCAUGCUCUGGUACGAGCGAGUAUUUGCCUGCGUCUUACUGGACGUAAGAAAGACGCUGCAAGGAAGCCUCUUAGGGCCCUACUUAAUGAUAGUCAAGCUAAGAGUAUAUUUCAGGAACAACUAGAAAAACAGUUAGGCAGCCACGUAUGUGAUGCCCACCCCGAUGCAGCAUGGAAUGAUAUCCGAAAAGCUGUGGAAACAGCAGUGAUAUCUGCUAGUGAGGUAAACCACAAGGUUAGGGAGCAACACUGGAUUUCAGAAGCAUAUAUCGCACUGAUAGAUGCUCGGAAAAUCAUUCCACCUGGCUCUGAACAUAACGAAGAGCGGAGUCUGCUUAAGCGCAAGCUGACAAGAAGUCUAAGCAAUGAUCGUGAACAGUGGUGGGUAGCGAAAGCAAGAGAGAUGGAAAAGGCAGCGGCAAUAGGUAAUAGCAGACAAUUGUUCAGACUUGUUAAGGAAACCGGUAUUAGGAAACCGACCGUUAGCGAAACAAUCUCAGAGAAAGAUGGACAUAUUAUACAUUCUCAAUCCAGGAGAUUGGAUCGAUGGGCAGAACACUUUAGGGAUCAGUUCAACUGGCCUUCAGCCACACUUCGGUUAUCCACGAUCUCCAGUCAACCUGAAUGGCAAGUUAAUGUAGGUCCUCCGUCCCUUUACGAAGUUGAAAAAGCCAUAGGAAAUCUGAAACGAGGGAGAGCAGCAGGCCCUGACGGGUUUACUCCUGAGAUUUUUAAGGAUGAUGGUUCAGUAUUACCAGUGAGAUUAACUGAAGUCUUAGGUAGAAUUUGGGAACUGGACGUAAUCCCAUCUGACUGGUCUCAAUCACUGAUUGUGCCAGUCUAUAAGAAAGGACAAAAGUCCUCUUGUGACAAUCACAGAGGAAUCAGUUUGACAAAUAUAGUGUCUAGAAUAUUAGUUUCAAUAAUACAUCAACGCCUAACUAAAGCUCAUGAAGAGCAGACUAGAGAAAAACAGGCUGGUUUUCGACCUGGACGUGGUCGUAUAACCACAUAUUCACACUACGUCAGGUUCUAGAACACAGACACACAUUCAGACGCCCCACAGUCGUAGUAUUUCUCGACCUUAAGGCGGCAUUCGACUCCGUUGAUUGUGAGGUUCUAUGGAAGUGUUUGUCACUGAAAGGAGUACCAAAGAAGCACAAUAACCUUAUAAAGGCUCUCUACUCGAACACAACUGGUAGAGUGAGAGCUUAUGGCGAACUGUCAUCAGAAUUGAUUACCUCAAGUGGUGUUCGUCAGGGCUGUCCACUCUCUCCAUUCUUGUUUAACUCUGUUGUUUACGUGCUUUUGGAGAUAACACUUUCCUCAUUUAAAUUUCCAGGGGUUGAACUUCUACCAGGAGAUUCACUUGUUGACUUGGAAUAUAUCGAUGACAUACUUCUAUUUGGUGAAGACGCUGACAAAAUGCAGAGUCUUCUGACCAUUCUAGGCAACAAUACAAGCAUGUUCGGGAUGCGAUUCUCCCCACCGAAAUGCAAAAUGUUGCUUCAGGAUUGGGUUGCAUCGACACUCGAACUAAUGAUAGGGAGUGAAGUAGUUGAGCGUGUCGACCGCUUCACUUAUCUUGGAAGUCUCAUCAGCCCUUGUGGUCUGAUGUGUGACGAAAUCUCAGCACGGAUACAGAAGGCUCGACUAGCUUUUGCCAAUUUGCGUCAUUCAUGGUGUAGGCGAGAUACCUGACUAUCAACCAAAGGACUUGUUUACUGCGCAGCAGUUCGUCCCG